AUGUCACUCGCACACACAGCUGCAGAGUACAUGCUCUCGGAUGCCCUGCUGCCCGACCGCAGGGGCCCCCGCCUCAAAGGACUGCGCCUGGAGCUUCCCCUGGACCGCAUGGUCAAGUUCGUAGCCGUGGGCUUCCCCUUGUUGCUGAUGUCCCUGGCAUUUGCCCAGGAGUUCUCCUCCGGGUCACCCAUCAGCUGCUUCUCUCCUGGCAAUUUCAGCAUCCGGCAGGCUGCCUACGUGGACAGUUCCUGUUGGGACUCACUGGUUCACCAUGAACAGGAUGAGUCUGGCCAGUUCAAGACAAAAUCCCUCUGGCCUCACAAGGCUCUCCCCUACUCCCUACUGGCCCUGGCCGUGGGCAUGUACCUGCCAGUUCUGCUCUGGCAGUAUGCAGCCGUGCCAGCCCUCAGCUCAGAUCUGCUGUUCAUCAUCAGCGAACUGGACAAAUCCUACAAUCGUGCCAUCCGCCUGGUACAGCACAUGCUGAAGAUCCAGCAGAAGAGUUCGGACCCCCAUGUGUUCUGGGAUGAGCUGGAGAAGGCUCGGAAGGAACGAUACUUUGAAUUCCCCUUGCUAGAACGGUACCUGGCAUGUAAGCAGCGCUCACACUCACUAGUGGCUACCUACCUCCUGAGGAACUCCCUCUUGCUCCUCUUCACCUCGGCCAUCUACCUGUACCUUGGCCACUUCCACCUGGAUGUCUUCUUCCAAGAGGAAUUCAGCUGUUCCAUCAAGACAGGGCUGCUAAGGGACGAGACCUACAUCCCCGAUCUGAUCACAUGCAGGCUGACCUCCUUGUCUGUCUUCCAGAUUGUUAGUCUCGCCUGUGUAGCAAUAUACACCCUAUUGGUUCCAGUGAUAAUGUACAACCUCACACGGCUAUGUCGGUGGGACAAACGACUCCUAUCCAUCUAUGAGAUGCUCCCUGCCUUUGAUCUCCUCAGCAGAAAGAUGCUGGGAUGUCCCAUUAAUGACCUCAAUGUGAUCCUUCUUUUUCUCAGAGCCAACAUCUCUGAGCUCAUCUCCUUUAGCUGGUUGAGUGUCUUAUGCGCACUGAAGGACACAACCACCCAGAAGCACAACAUCGACACAGUGGUUGAUUUCAUGACUGUAUUGGCUGGCUUAGAACCCUCAAAACCUAAACAUCUCACCCACGGGAUGUGUGAUGAAAACCCAUAG